AUUUACUCUUUGUAUAGAGCUCGCAGCUUCUUUAGGUCACUUCAGCGUCAAGGAUUGCCAAUGCCUCCUCAUGACCCAGUCUGGGGCCAUCUCAAACUUAUCGGAAAGGUUCUCAAAGAUUUGCCGCCUGAUAUCAUGCCAUCCGCAGCACUUGCUCACGAAAUAAGUUUGAGAUAUCCACACCUUGACCAGGCCUUCUUCUUAGACCAGUGGCCCUUCUUCAAACCCAUGUUGGUCGUCCUGUCACCAGAUGGAGCUCGGCAAGUGACACAAGGCCAAUCUCUUCCGAAAGAGCCAGGCCAGCGAGAGUUCUUGAAACCACUCACAGGUGGCUACGACCUAGACACGAUGGAAGGGGAGGAAUGGAAAUUCUGGCACAAUAUCUUCAGCCCUGGCUUCCGAGUCGCAAACGUUGCGGCGCUGGUGCCGAGUUUGGUUGAGAUGACUGGUAUUUUCUGUGAUCGUCUGCGCCAGUGUGCGAGGAAGAACGAGGUGGUUUCUCUGAGCCCGAUGGCCCUCGAUCUUACCAUGGACUUCUCAAGCAAGGCUAUCAUGGGCCACGACAUGCAUUGUCAGACAGGAUUCAACGAAUUUGCCGCCGCGAUGGCUUCGCAACUAAGUUGGUUGCAUUAUCGCGGUACUUCAACGCUGAGAGACGUGAACUUCAUCAGGCCUCUGGUCCAGCGCUACAACACUUGGCGGAUGGAUUCGUACAUCAAAGAAGUACUACAGGAGAAUUCAGAAGCUGCCAAGAGUAGACAAACCAACUUAAUCUCGAUACUGGAUACCGCCAACAAACCACAAGACCAAGGCCAUCUCCGGAUAUUUCCUGAUGUCAUUCGGUCGCAGAUCAAAUUUAUGAUGCUUGCAGGCUACGACACAACCGGUUCAUCGAUUGUUUUUUUGACCAACCUUUUGUCGCAACAUGCGGAAGUACUGGCACGCGUUCGAGCUGAGCAUGACGACGUUUUCGGCUCUGAUGUGAGGGCAACAGCGGGGCUCAUAACCUCCCAGCCGAAGCUUCUCAACCAGCUUCCAUACAGGACUGCUGUCAUCAAAGAGUCGUUGCGAAUCUACCCACCUGGAGCUACUCAAAGAUUGGGCAAUCGCGAUUUCAAUGUUUUCAUUCAGGACUUUUCUGAAAGCACGGAGCCUGCUACCGGCGAAAUUCCAGCAAUGACUCUGAGGUCCCUGCUGACUGACAAGUGCAACGUCUAUGUCAGUCACUAUGCAAUUCAUCAUAAUCCACGGUACUGGUUCCGCCCAAGCGAGUUCCUUCCGGACCGUUGGUUGGUAAAGGGCAAAGAUGAUCCUCUACAAUCUCCGGCGAAUGGUUGGCGUCCCUUCGAGAGAGGGCCUAGGAGCUGUGUGGGGCAAGAAAUGGCUUUGGCAGAGAUCAAGAUGGUGUGUGCCUUGACUGCGAGGGAACCCGAUUUCAAGCCUGCCUACGAAGAGACUGGACAAACCGAAAAGUAUCACGGAGAUCCUGUGUAUUUGGUGAGCCGCGGAGGGGCAGCCAACCCGAGUGGGUUCUACCCGUGCCGAGUGAGCUUCGCGAAGAGAACAUGA